AUGGACAUGCUAAUUGGACAAAAUAACCCACAAUGUCUCAAUCAAGAUCUUUCUAACUUUAUAGAGCAGCUUUGUCUAACAAACCUUAUUACGAACCCUACUAGAGUGACAAAAUCUACCAAGAGCCUGCUUGAUGUCAUAUUAGUGUCUCAUCCAGACAGGUUUGUCACAAGUGGUAAUUUGCAUUUGGGAAUCACUGACCAUGACUUGAUAUACGUUGUUACAAAACAAAAACUUCCGAAAACAAAGGCCAAAUCUAUUGAAUUCCGUUCAAUAAAGAAUUUAAAUCAUGCUUCUUUCAAAACCGAUCUUGGGACAAUCCCUUGGGAUAGCUCAUAUAUAUUUGAGAAUGUGGAUGACGUUUGGCAUCAUUGGGCAAGCUUAUAUUCAUCUGUGCUUGACAAACAUGCACCAGUGCAGAAAAUACGCUUGAGAACGUACUAAUCAGUUACUUUGGAUAAAUCCAAAUAUUCAGAAACAACAUGACAAGAACAGCCCGGAGAAAGUGUGUAAUUUUUUCGCCCGGGGAGUUAUGGGAUAUAUACCUCAAAAAUUGAAGUUUGCAUCCCAAGAUGCAUUGCGUUCCGAUUCCUUGUGAUGUGAAAAUGGCUUCUGAUAUUUUUAGCUGUAAAGUGCCGAAUUUGUAGUUUUCAUUCUUUGUUAAUCGAGGGAACGAAAGAGAACCGGUAAACAAACGAAAUACACAAAAAGUCUGAGUCAGAAACAGAAUAAUUUAUUAAAAUAUGAUGCUAUAAGAUCAAGUAAUAAGCCGAGGUGAGUUUAAUAGUUCAUAAUUUUUGUUGUGAUUUUAACUAUCUGAUAUAAUUUCGUCUUCAGUCUUGUCUUUGUAUUGACCUUACGAAAGCGUAUUAAUAUCUUGUAGAGUCAUGAGAGCAUUUCCUGGUUUUCAAGAGUCGUUCUCAACUGUGGACAAUCUCAGUUGGCCUAUUGAUAUCACAUACGUUUUACCUGGCCAAAGGAUAUUGUUUUCUGUGGAAGAGAGUUUAGAUUUGCUGGGAAUAAGGGAGCAUGUAAAAUUGCGAGGUUGGAAGAAAAUCGAAAAUUUCUUAGCUGAACAAG